AUCUGAGUCUCAGAAUCAAAGCAGAGAGAGAGAGAGAGAGAAAGACUGAAAGAGAGUGAAAAACUCCAACAAACAAUUCCGUUGGCGUUGGACCCUAAAAAAAGUGUUGAGAGCUUUCAAUAAAAAAACUAUUCAUAUUCCCACAUUUUCCGAUUUCUGAAUCGAAUGAAAUUUGACGCAGAAGAAGACGCUGGUGCAGCACUUGAACGAAUAACAACAACACCGCAACCACUUAAACGAUGUCGUUUCCACCUUCCAACAACAAUACCCAGAACCAGAAUCAGCAUAAUGCGAUUAUAAAGAACCCUAACCCUAACAAUUUCCCAAUUUCUUCUCCCACAAAGAAGAGAGCUUCAAGGUGGUCCGAUAUCUGGCUCAAGACCAACACCAACGCCAAGAAUAAUAAUCCCCUCAACUCCAUGGUCGUUGCUAUGCAGCUUCACUCUCUCUCUUCUUCCCCCAAACACCCGAAAUCGAUUCCCAAUUUCUCAAUCAUGGACCGAACCCUACUCUUAUCCGACGAGCUUCUUUUGAAGAUCCUCGCCAAGCUUCCAGAUUCUCAGAGGAACUCAAAUUCCCUCGUUUGCAAGCGGUGGCUCAACCUCCAGGGUCGACUCGUUCGUUCCCUCAAGGUAUUGGACUGGAACUUCCUCUUGUCUGGUAGGUUGAUUCACAGGUUCCCGAACCUAAAUCACGUUGAUUUGGUCUCUGGGUCUUUGAUUUCUCCGAGAAAUUCCGGAAUUUGUUUGAGCCAUCGUAAUCUUUCCAUGCAUGUUGAUUCUGGGUCUUCGCCAAGUUGGUGUUUUGGUGAGGAGAAUUUGCUCCCUGUUGAGGUCAUUGACAAUGGCCUAAUUGCUCUUGCCGGUGGCUGCCCCAAUUUGCGCCGGCUUUCGGUGAUCGGAGCCAGCGAGAUGGGCCUGCUGAGUGUGGCUGAGGAGUGUUCCACAUUGCAGGAGCUUGAGCUGCAGAGGUGCAGUGACAAUGUACUUCGAGGGAUCGCGGCUUGCGCGAAUUUGCAGAUCUUGAAACUUGUGGGGAAUGUUGAUGGUUUGUACACUUCAGUUGUGUCUGAUAUUGGGUUAACCAUUUUGGCUCAGGGGUGUAAGAGGCUGGUGAAGCUUGAGCUAAGUGGGUGUGAAGGUAGCUUUGAUGGGAUCAAAGCCAUUGGCAAGUGUUGCCAAAUGUUGGAGGAGUUGACUUUUUGUGAUCACAGGAUGGAUGAUGGGUGGUUGGCAGCACUCUCAUUUUGUGAGAAUUUGAAGACACUGAGGUUCCAGUCUUGCAAACGGAUCGAUCAUAAUCCAGGUUUAGAGGAGUAUUUGGGUUCUUGCGAGGCACUCGAACGGCUUCAUUUGCACAAAUGCCAGCUGCGCGACAAGAAGAGCGUUGCGGCCAUGUUUUCCGUGUGCAGGGCUGCAAAGGAGAUCAUUAUUCAGGAUUGUUGGGGAUUGGACAAUAGCAUGUUUAGCUUCGCAAAUGUUUGCAGGCGGGUAAAAUUGUUGUACUUAGAAGGAUGCUCAAUGCUAACAAAUGAAGGUUUGGAAUCUGUAAUCCAUUCUUGGAAGGAGCUUCAGAGCCUUAAAGUAGUGUCAUGUAAGAACAUAAAGGACAGUGAAAUCUCUCCUGAACUAGCAACCUUAUUCACCACUCUCAUAGAUUUGAAAUGGAGGCCAGACACCAAAUCACUUCUUCCAUCAAGUCUUGCCGGAAUAGGCAUGGGUAAGAAAGGUGGUAAAUUUUUCAGGAGGGUGUGAUAUGUAGUUAUCCAAAUUGUCUUAGAACAGGGAAAAAAAAAAAGAACAGAUGUUAUUUUCACUGACAGUGAAAAUUUGUACCAAUAUGUAGUAGUCACUUUGUUACUGUUAACUUAGAUGUUGACGGUUGAAAUAUCAUUGUUGUUUUCUUCCGUCCAACUAAGGGAAUAGCAUAGAAAAAUGUAAUUAUGUAUAAGUCUAACCCAGUUCACUUGAUGUAGAAAUUGGGUACCUUAGCUUGUUCCCUUACUUGCAUUCUUUUUCUUCCAUAGAUGAAAGUUCAGUUCAAAUAACCA